CAUCCCUCUGGCUAAGAGAAUCGAAGCCGAGCUAUGCGUCGCCGUGGCUUCAGAUCGAUCAGCCUCUUACCCCGUCAACCUGCUAAUAGUCCAGUCCGUCAGCGUGUGUGUAAUAGUGCGCCAACACAAGUGAUCCCUGACGACGAGGAGGACUGGAACUGGCAAGAGGAGAACGACAACACCGUGUUUCAGCACGAACAAGAAGAAGAACCCGAACGUACGAUUGGAGAAAUUGAGAUUACAGUUGUGAACGAGGAGCAUCCGACAAGAAGCGCAGGCGACUUCACAGACUUCAUGGAUUCAGACUCUUCCGACUCAGACUAUCAUGUUCUCGACGACAGCAGUAGCGAUGAACCCUACGAGUACUGGAUGAAGCGAAAGUCUUACAGCCGCAGUCCAUUUUCCAACUGUAGCAGUUUUUCAUUCGAAGACUCUGAUGAUGACGGAGAUGCAGCCAGAAUUACCGAUAGCGAUGCGUCAGAUGAGGAUAGUAAGGUUUCGACUAUUCCGCCAACGCCACCCAUGACGAAGCUCUCCCGUUCCUCCGAUCUUGGACCCAAUGUGAAGCGCGGUUGGACUGCGAUGAUACAAGAAGCAGAGACCUUUAACGGACCAACAUCGAUUUAACUACUCGAGAGUUUCCUGCGUUAGUAUUGUAGUCAGUUCCGUCUCCACCGC